AUGCGUUUGCUGAUGAUAGUGCUGGCCAGUGAACUCAAAAUUGAUGCAGGUGGAAAUAAUCUCAGCAAAUUCAAGUAUGACCCGAUGGCAUUGGUGAGUAGUUUUCCUUAUGUUCACGCCGAUACAGGUGGGCUGACACAAAACGAGUUUGAUUAUAUAUUGGAUUACGUGUUGAACAAUGAUGGAACAUUUAUGGGUAAUUUGGCUGAUUUCAUCAAUGACGUCAGUAGCAGCAUCCCAGACUUUGACGUGUUUCCCGUUGAUGUAAAAGCAUCUCUGGUUGAUGCCGCCGUUAGUAACUCUCUUAGUACAGAUGUUAUAGACAUGAUCAAUGACGCAAGUGUCACGUGGGCAGAGGCGUGCUUUUGGUUGGGUGUUUCCCUUGGUAAUUACUUAGGUAUCCUGAUAUCAACUGAAGAGAAAAUAUCAUGGGAUUAUCUCAAGUUGAGAAUGCAAGCAAACUGCCAAGUGUUUUACGCUUACGGUACAACACUCAAUGACGGCGAUUAUGACACUGAGAUUGAUGAUGAUGAUGAUUAUGAUGAUGAUUCUGAUGAUGAUAAUUAUGACUAUUAUCGUAAUUAUAAUUUUUAUCAUCACUAUUCUGAAGAAAACAUGCAAUCAACCUACAAUCCAUGUUCUGAUGACUGCAAUAAAUUUUAUCCAUAUGGUUCAGUGUUUAAUGAUAAUGCAAACUUCGUCAAUGACGACGAAAGCUCCGGGGAAAUUAACAUUAAUCAUGCAUUCCCGUUUUUCGGUAUCAGUCAUAGCUCAUUAUGGGUAAACACGAACGGAGUGAUUUCAUUUGUGAGAGAAAUUUGGCAAUAUACUCCAAUAGAAUUUCCCCUUGGCAAUGAAUGGAAAAUGGUUGCACCCUUUUGGGCAGAUGUUGACACAGGGAAUGGUGGGAACGUGUAUUGGAGGGAAACGACAGAUCCCAAAAUUGUUGCACGUGCCAUCAAAGACAUCAACACGUACACAUGUGAUUUGUUAGAUGUGGUAUGGGUAUUCAUAGCUACUUGGGACAACACUGCUUUCUAUGGCGCCCACUCAGACGCUAGUAGAGAACUGAGAAAUACAUUCCAAGCAGUGCUGAUAUCGGAUGGCGAGAAAUCGUUUGCAAUAUAUAAUUAUUGUGACAUUGAAUGGACAACAGGAACAGCAAGUUAUGGUAAUACCCAAGGCGUCGGCGGAACACCUGCUCAAGUCGGAUUUAACGCAGGCGACGGGGUGACGUUCUUUGCAGUGCCAUCUUCGUUUCAGCCAGAAGUGAUUGACAUCGAAGAAACCACGAAUGUUGGUGUUCCUGGUCGAUAUGUAUUUCAACUUAACGGUGAAACUAUUAUUGAGGCAUGUUCGUGUAUAGAACCCAACUGCGUGGUUGUAGGCUGUAGUCGUUAUGAAAUUCACACAAACGAAUUAAAAUGGGCCGAAGCUAAGACCAAAUGUGAGAUGGAUGGAGGAAGACUGGCAACACUCAAUACCCACGAUAUUUACACGACAGUCAGACAAUACAUGUUAACAAAUGCUCUUGACGAAGAAGUUAAAAAAGGUUUCUGGAUUGGGCUCAAUGAUCGCGACAGUGAGGGUAAUUUUGUUUGGUCAGACGGUUCAACGUUGGAACCAAACAAUAAUCACCAAAAAGAUCAAAUAAAUGGCCAGGAUUGUGUGCAAUUAUGGUAA